AUGUACGUGGAGAAGAGCCCGCGCAAGCGGUGUGCCGUGGCUGUAAAGGACGGAACAAGUAUACUUUUUGUAGUUCUUGCUCGCCCGUUGCCACCGCCUCCUCCCAAAGAGCCGGAACUGCUAAUGUUUUUUGAAAAGCCCUCGUCACCAGUGGCCAAACAACCUGAAACCGCAACGGGAAACGAGGUGGAGUGGCAAAAGUGGUCUGCCGGUUCAUAUUGCGUGCCGCUGGUGGUCGAUGAAAGGGGAGAAAUUCAGCGCUACGACAAGCUUUGCCAUAGAGAGUUUCCAAAUUUGAGAGACGCAUACAGACAGUGUGGUCCAUUCGAGUCCUUUGUGGAGUUUGCGGCGUUGUUCGGAUGCCUACGUCUCGACAGGAUGUAUUUCCUUGUUGCUACAAAAGUUGAGGAGGCUGCGGUGCUGCCAUUUGGUGGCGCAAUCCUCCGGGUUGGUGGCACGGAGUGGAUUUCGUUUGGAAUUCCCGGUUCGGAACCCCUGUACCUGACGUCGGGGGAUAGAAAUAGGUUGAAGGAGUUUGAGACCUAUAGCCAUGAAGGGGGUUAUUACUAUUCGGAUGACUGCGACUUACGGCGGCCGUUUCCGUUCGUUUCAUCAAAAGACGGUAACGGCCCACAGUUUCACAGUGACUGGUCAAGGCAGCUACGAAAACCGUUUAUAACAGCAGGCGUUGAAAGUUGUUGCUCGGUGUUGCUCCGCGGGUUCGCUGCGGAGAAGGAGGUUUUGCUUAAAGACGGCUCAAUCCUUCAUGUGUUGCUGUGCGGGAGACAAAAUAACCUCAAUCCAGGCCCCCGGUACUUCGGUAGAGGAUUGAACGCAGUCAAUGCGGUGGGAAACGACCACGUGUACGAGUAUGUGAUGUGGAGACAGGGCGGUGGCAAUGGCCCUAUUCAGUUUGCCAAACACACAAUACUUAGGGGCACGGUUCCCGUACAUUGGUCAACACGAAUCAGCAAGACUAUCUCGGAGCCAGCAAUGAUGUUCAGUCAAAAUAAGGAAGAAGUUCUCCGAGGGUGCGAUUCGUACUUCAGUUUCGUCUUCACUCAACUGGUUGCCAUCAUGAGGUACGACUCGGGAGAACAGCUCACCGGCAGGGGCCCCAGGUUGCGCUGCGUCAAUAUGCUUCGUCAAAGUCAUCAUAGCAGUGAGGAAGCUCUGACAAAACACUUUACAGAAGCCGUCACGAAAUCACAAGCGGCGCUGCAGCAGGCGUUUCCGGGGUCUCAACUUGAUCUCGUGCACGUCGACUGGCUCAACAUGUUAAAGGAACAGGGUAUUGACCGCACCACUACAACCUUUUGGACAACCCUGCUCGCCACAUUUUCUACAGACGAACUGGUUACCGCUGGAACCAUAGGCGUUGAUGGAGGCGUUACGCGGAACUCCUGCCAAACCAGCUUUGUGCGAGUGAACUGCGCCGACUCAUUGGAUCGAACAAACAUUGGGUGUUUUUACACCUGUUUCCAAUCAACAUUAAAUAUGUUAGCCUAUCUCAGGUUGGAGCCCGACAGCUUCGUCGAUCAGAACCGACUACCCCCGCUAGAAGAGCAGGAAGGCGAGAGACCUCUGGAAACCACCUUAGCAAUGUUGCAGUUAAGCGGUUCCCCUCGAAGGGACUCCGUGGCCACGUGGCAGGAGGCGUGCAACCCGUCACUGUACCCCGCCGCCAUAGGUCGGGCCCUCUCGGAACUGUAUGUUUACAACGGCGACACCAUUGCGCGUCUUUACACCAACUCGGCCGCCAUGCACAGUAACAUUUUGCGGGGUAUUUGCGGCCUAAAGGCGGCUGCAUCCAAUAUGGUGAUUGCAACUCAGCGCCGUUAUGAAAACGCGUUCGAAGACAAGAGCAAGUUUCGGAAUAUUGAACUGUUGCUCGGGCGCAACAUCGACAUACACUUUCCAUCUAUGAGCCAAGCCUUUCUCAAACGCCCUGUGCCGGUGGAGAACUGGGGAUGCGCCCUUAUAGCAAAGGGCAUUCCCGUAGGUGUUCCGUGUUCUGAGAUCGAGCAGGCUGUGCGUAAGGCAUGGGACAGUUUGGUCGUACCCCGAUUGCGAGAGGACGGUAUUCCCGUAACCUCAAGUGAUGCGCUGACUUUCAUCAUAUCUGCCGAAGACAAUGAGGGCGAGUACCACGAUGAAUUUAUAUGUGCCGUGAAACAGCUCACGUUUGAGCAGGACACGUCCGGGGAGGAGGAUACAAAUGCCGAACAGAAUAGUGAACAUCUUGCGGUGAUCGAGUUCGACAAGGACUUCUGCCGCGCACUCGAUGCCCCGUUCCUUUUACAAGAGAAUGCCAUACUCAAGUUUCAAACGACCGGUGUUGCUUUAGAACCCUACACGUACCCAGUGCUGUCGGAAAAUGGAAAUUCACGAGGAAUCGUUCGGAAGGCGGCCAAAUCACUUCGGAGUGGGGUUAAAAAUUUCGUGCGGGGAUUAUACAAGUAA